CGAACCUAGAUCAGCAACUUUUCAUCUAACGAUCAUUUGUCGGAUUGACACAAACCAUGGAGCCAUCUUCUCAUCAAGUCUCAGCUAGAUUUCCGCGUGUCGCUAUCGCGUACUGCACGCAAUGCCGUUGGAUGCUGCGAGCUGCCUAUUUUGGCCAAGAGUUGCUCUCCACCUUCAACACAAGCAUAGGCGAGAUCGCCCUCAUACCAGCCACGGGAGGGGUCUUCACGAUUCAUCUAACCUACGUACCUACGGAUGUGUCAGAGUCCAAUGAUACAACAGUACCAUUAAGCCCCAAGGAGGUACUUCUGUGGGACCGCAAGACUGAAGGGUUUCCAGACGUCAAGAUACUGAAACAGAGAGUUCGCGAUCACAUUGAUCCCGCUCGAUCGCUUGGGCAUGUUGAUAAACCUUCCAUCUCCUCAAAAACCACGAAACCGCCGGGCGUGACGCAAGGAUCGAGCUCGGACGGCAUCAAAAGCGCUGAGAUGUGUACGGACUGUGCGUAAUCGCAGAGCUGCCCGCCUUCUUACAUAUUGGCAGCGAGCUUUGCGAGGAACAAAUCACGGACACAUUUCAGAGUCCGUGAUCGGUAGAGCUUAUUUCGAUCAUGCCCUCUAUCACAACGAACAUCUUCAAGUCUGUGAUGUAUGUCUUCAUGAAUGUGCGUCGCUACUGGUGAACUCGUCAGCACGAGCGCUCAACGUGCGCAUUUCACGCUCACCACUCGCCGCAUCUUGCGCGCUAGCAAACCUUGAGCAUUGCGAAAAGUGCGUUUUCAACCCCGUGAUGUUGUGCAGAUCAUUAAGUUUCCAUCCGU